CACAACAUGGCGAACGUUAAAAUGCAGCAAAGCCCGUGAGGCGAGCGAAGAUAUUGGAAUUAAAACAGGAACAAACGCCGAGGGAUGGCUGCAUUUGCAGCCUGGAGAAAAGAAGAAAGGAUGCCAUCUCCUUCUUUUUCCCUCGAUGCCCAGCUGCGCUUCCAUGAUAAAUGGCUGAAGAUAGAUUUGCAGCGUGCAUUCUCCUCAGAGGGACUGAGUGAGAUGUGGAACGAAAUGGUGAAGGAUGAGGAAAUUGUCUUCAACAGGGAAGAAUCUGCCUAUCCAGAGGACGCUGCAGAUUGCGCUGGCACUCAGAAGAAGGACGAAUCCAACGAUAAGGAGAAAAAAGAAGAAGAGGAGGCGUCUUCGGCUUCAGUCCAUCAUUCAAUCAUUGAGACGUGGGACUGGGGGAGACAGCCAGAUGAAGGUGAGCUGAAGGACUGUCUCAUGGUGCUGGUGGAUGAACAGCAGAAACUGGCUGCUCAGACGGCUAAAAGCACUCUUUCUGCACGGCGUCUGAGUCAGCGGCUGCUCAUCCUGGAACGCUACCUCAUCUCUCUUACCCACAGUAUGAUGGAGGAGAAGUACAAAGUCCGGUGGAAAAGUCCACCCAGCCCCCCACUGCCCACUGUUGAUAAUAAGAGUACACGUCCUGUCAGUAAGGGAGUGGAGGGCUUGGCACGUGUUGGGUCCAGGGCUGCGCUUUCUUUCGCUUUUGCUUUCCUUCGUCGGGCCUGGAGGUCUGGUGACGAUGCAGACCUGUGUAGUGAGCUCCUGCAGGAAUCUCUGGAUGCUCUGCGAGCCCUCCCUGAGGCCACGCUGUUUGACGAGGGCACCGUGUCAUCUGUCUGGCUUGAGGUGGUUGAAAGAGCUACCAAAUUCCUCAGCAGUGAUGUACAUGGAGGUGGCAGUGGUAAAGCCCCCAGCACCAUCCCACUGCAGGACCAGCACCUGGCCCUGGCUAUUCUUCUUGAGCUGGCUGUUCAGAGGGGCACGCUCAGCCAGCUCCUGUCUGCCGUGCUGCUGUUGCUGAGGCUGUGGGACAGAGGCACCAAAGAAAUGGACAAUGAACGUUCAAGCCAGGGCACCAGCGCUCCCUUACUACCCCUACUGCAGCGCUUUCAAGGCAUCCACGGCAGCAAGGAGGAGCCCGUCCCCGAAGAGGAGCUUGAGAUUUUGUCUGCACCCCUGAGCCCAAACGAAAACUUCCUACGCUUCCUGAACCUACCCCAUGACAACGAGUUAGCCAUUGACCUGCGGCAGACAGCUGUGGUAAUCAUGGCUCACUUGGACCGCCUGGCAGUGCCUUGCAGCCCCCCAGCGUGCAGCUCGCCUACAUCAGGCCAGGACCAUGGGCCCAUACAGAGUACAUUGCAAGAAGUGAUUGGCUGGGGGCUGCUGGGAUGGAAAGUGUAUGCCAAUGUUAACGGACCAAUCCAGUGCAAAGCUCUGUCCAACCUAGGCGUCACCCAAAUCGUCUGCUCCGAGAAGGGCUUUCUCAUUCUGUCUAUCUCUGGUGCUGUCUACACUCAGAAUUACAAAAAUACCACACUAUCCCCAAUGCUUGUACAUGGCCUGUCCUCCAGAAAAAUAGUUAAGCUGGCAGCUCAUCCAGAAGGACAGCAUUAUCUGGCUCUGUCAGCCAAUGGAGAGGUUUUCUCCUGGGGCUGUGGGGAUGGAGGUCGUCUGGGACACGGAGACACUACGUAUUUGGAAGAACCUACCAUGAUUGCAGCAUUUUCUGGAAAACAGGCUGGAAAGCAUGUAGUGCACGUCGCUUGUGGCAGCACCUACAGCGCAGCCAUCACAGCCGAUGGUGCCUUGUACACUUGGGGAAGAGGCAACUAUGGCAGACUAGGCCAUGGCUCCAGUGAGGACCAGACCACCCCCAUGCUGGUGACUGCUCUAAAAGGGAUGAAGGUGAUAGAUGUAGCCUGUGGAAGUGGAGAUGCACAGACUCUUGCUGUCACAGAGAAUGGUCAGGUGUGGUCAUGGGGGGACGGAGACUAUGGGAAACUAGGCCGUGGGGGCAGUGAUGGCUGUAAGAGUCCCAAGCUGGUAGAAAAGCUGCAGGAUUUAGACAUAGUGAAGGUGUGCUGUGGAAGCCAGUUCUCAGUAGCUCUCACUAAGGAUGGCCAAGUGUACACCUGGGGCAAAGGAGACAACCAGCGCCUUGGCCAUGGCACUGAUGAGCAUGUUCGCUACCCAAAACUGCUGGACAGUCUACAAGGAAAAAAGGUAGUAGAUAUAGCAGUGGGAUCCACACACUGCCUGGCCCUUACUGAGGAUGGAGAAGUGCACAGUUGGGGCAGUAAUGAUAAACUGCAGCACUUUGAUACGCUCUUCUCCAACAAAAAGCAGCCGAAAGCCCUACCAGGCCUCAACUCCAAACAUAUAGUGGGCAUCUCCUGUGGCCCAGGCCAGAGCUUUGCAUGGUCCUCAUGCUCAGAGUGGUCAGUGGGUCUGCGUGUUCCCUUCGUGGUGGACGUGUGCUCCAUGACUUUCGAGCAGCUGGACCUGCUGUUGCGACAGAUCAGCGAAGGCAUGGACGGUAGCUCAGACUGGCCUCCACCUCAGGAGAAAGAGUGUAUGGUGGUGGCUACGCUUAACCUGCUCCGACUACAGCUCCAUGCGGCGAUCAGUAAUCAGGUGGACCCGGAGGAAUUGGGGCUGGGCCUGGGCAGCAGCCUGCUCAACAGCCUUAAGCAGACGGUGGUGACGCUGGCCAGCAACGCCGGGGUGCUGAACACAGUGCAGUCAGCCGCGCAGGCUGUGCUCCAGAGUGGCUGGUCAGUGCUACUGCCUACUGCUGAGGAAAGAGCCAGAGCUUUGUCCUCAUUGCUGCCCAACACAGCCUCUAAUCAUGAGAUGACUGUGAGUCCGGGUCGGCGGUUCAUGAUUGACCUGUUGGUGAGCAGUCUGAUGGCGGAUGGAGGGUUGGAGUCUGCCCUGAAUGCUGCCAUCACAGCGGAGAUUCAGGAUAUUGAGGCUAAGAAGGAGGCUCAGAAAGAGAAGGAGAUUGAUGAGCAGGAAGCUAAUGCUUCAACCCUGCAGCGCUGUCGCACCACUCUUGAUAAAGACCUAAUCAACACAGGCAUCUAUGAGUCUGCCAGCAAGCAGAGCUUACCACUGGUCCAGCUCGUUCAACAGCUACUGAGGAACAUUGCCUCACAGACUAUAGGACGUCUGAAAGAUGUGGCACGCCGAAUUUCAAACUGCCAGGAUGCAGAGCAGGUAAGUAAAGAGCGCUCUGCUUCACUGGAUCUGCUGCUGCGCUUCCAGAGACUGCUGGUCUGCAAGCUGUAUGUGGGUGUCCAUGGUGCCACCGGAGUAGGAGGAUACUCUUUAACCCAUUCAGAAAUUCUUGGAGUGGGCUCUUUGUUGAAAAAGUACAUUGCUUUGCUGUGUACACACAUCUGCGACAUCCUACCUGUGGCCACCAGCAUCGCAUACAACAGCCACCGGCACUUUGCCGAGGUGUCCCAUGUCAUCGAGGGAGACCUUACUGGUGUCUUGCUGCCAGAGUUGGUGGUGUCUAUUGUAUUGUUGCUGACUCUGGAUGCAAGUCUGAUGCAGGAAACUGGCUCCAUCCCUUUGCUGGCUGGCCUGCUUGAGCAUGUGGAUCGCUUUAACCACCUCGCUCCUGGCAGUGAGAGAGAUGACAAUGAAGACCUGGCUUGGCCUGGCCUAAUGGGGUCUUUCUUCAAUGGGCCGAGCUCAAGGAACAACGAAGAGGUGUCGCUCAUCCGCAAAGCUGACUUGGAGAACCACAACAAGGACGGUGGCUUUUGGACAGUAAUUGAAGGGAAAGUUUAUGACAUCAAGGACUUCCAAGCUCAGUCUCUUACUGGAAAUACUAUUCUUGCUCAGUUUGCUGGAGAGGACCCUGUGGUGGCGUUAGAGGCAGCGCUCCAGUUUGAGGACACUCGAGAGUCCAUGCAGGCUUUUUGUGUGGGCCAGUAUAUGGAGCCCAACCAGGAGACUGUGACAACACCAGAUCUGAGCAGCCUGUCCUCACCCCUGAUGGACACUGAGAGGAACUUGGGCCUGCUGCUGGGCCUUCAUGCGUCCUAUCUGGCAUUAGGCUCGCCACUUUCACGCAUGGAGAUCGAAUGUGCCAAAUGGCUGCAGUCAUCAAUCUUCUGCGGGGGUCUUCAGACCAGUCAAAUCCACUAUAACUAUAAUGAGGAGAAGGAUGAGGACCAUUGCAGCUCUCCAGGGACCACAACACCUGACAAAGCCAAACUGUACUCCCGCAGAAUCACCCUUAGUGACCAUGCACAGCCAUUCUUGCAGGCGAUCGCUGAUAACACUACCCAGGACCACACUGUGAAGGAUUUUUUGUGCCAAAUUGAACGGUGCUGUAAGCAGUAUCAUCUCAUCACACCCAUCACUUUCCCGCCAGAACACCCUGUGGAAGAAGUGGGCCGUCUGCUACUCUGCUGCCUUCUUAAACAUCAAGACCUUGGUCAUGUCGCCCUCUCGUUGGUCAAUCAAUGUACCUUGGCUGUGGACCAGGCGAAGCAGAGGUCCCUCCCCAAGUCUGUGAUUGACGUGUGCCGAAUGGUGUACCAGGCCAAAUGCUCUUUGAUCAAAACCCAUCAGGAGCAGGGUCGAUCCUAUAAGGAGGUUUGCGCUCCUGUGAUUGAGAGGCUGCGUUUCCUUUUUAAUGAGCUGCGGCCAGCAGCCAGCAAUGACCUGUCCAUUGUGUGCAAACUAAAGCUGUUAAGCUCACAGCCUCGCUGGAAGAUGAUCACCCGGAAGCUCAUCAGAGAGCGCAGGAAAAAAAGAGUACCUAAAAAGUCUGAGUCUGCUGAUGUAGAGGAGUCUAAGCAAGAGAGGGAUGGGACCAAUGAGGAGGUGCCUCCACUUCCUGUCAGCCCCACACCUGUGGAUAAGAAACAAACUGUGAAAUCGCCUAAGGAAUAUUGGCAGCCGCUGUUGAACACAGUAGUGAAUGUGCAGAAGUAUCGCUGGCUGAAGCACAGCAUGCAGGGCGCCUACUCCCAGUCCAGCCUUAUGGGCACCGUUGUGGAGUUUGCCCUUAAAGAGGAGCCACUCGAUGUGGAGAAAAUUAGGAAAUGUCUCCUUAAGCAGCUGGAGCGUGCAGAGGUGAGGCUGGAGGGUAUAGACACCAUGCUGAAACUAGCAUCCAAAAGCUUCCUGUUGCCUUCUGUACAGUAUGCCAUGCUCAGCGGUUGGCAAAGGGUCAUCCCUGAAGGGCCCAAUAUAGGGGAGCCUUUAUCAGACUGUUUAAAGGACGUGGAUCUCAUUCCUCCCUUUAACCGCAUGCUGCUGGAGGUAACUUUUGGAAAGCUUUACACCUGGUCCAUCCAGAACAUUCGCAACAUCCUGCUGGAGGCCUCUGGCAGAUUUAAAGAACUGGGAGUGCAGCUUGUACCUCUGCAAACUAUCACUAAUGAGAACCCAGCAGGCCCCAGUCUUGGCACUAUUCCACAGGCUCGAUUCCUCCUGGCCAUGCUUCAUAUGCUGACUCUCAAACAUGGAGCCAACAGCCUCAGUCUGCUGCUUAACUCUGGAACCUUGGCCCUCACACAGAGCGUCCUGCAUCUUAUUGGUCCUAGUUCAGACAACAGUGAGGAAGAGCUGACCUCUGGAGCUCAUGGAGGUUCGGCGACAGUGCUGGAGGAAUCCAGAAAGGAGACAGCUCCCAUACCUCUUCCUGCCUCCGGCCCUGAACUUGCUGCAAUGAUGAAGAUUAGUACCAGAGUGAUGAGAGGGCAGGACUGGAAGUGGGGUGAUCAGGAUGGCCCGCCUCCAGGUCUGGGCAGAGUGAUUGGUGAGCUGGGUGAGGAUGGCUGGAUUCGUGUGCAGUGGGACACCAGCAGCACAAACUCCUACAGAAUGGGCAAAGAGGGCAAAUAUGACCUGAAACUUGCCGAGCCCCCUCCUGCCACCCAGCCUGCUGCUGAGGACUCGGACACGGAGGAUGACAUUGAAGCGGAGGCGCUGGAGAAGAACACUCACCCCACAUCCAUCAUGUUGACCAGUACAGUAAAUCUGCUGAAAACUCUGUCCCUAUCAUCUGGUGUUUAUGCUGAAAUGAUGCAGACUGAAGCCACCAGGACUCUAUGUGGCCUGCUUCGCAUGCUGGUGGAGAGCGGAUCUACUGACCAGACAGGUUGUGCAUCUCGAGAUGGUGUGGUAUCUCGAGAGCAGCACAGAAGCUGGUGCACGCUGGGUUUUAUCCGCAGCAUAACACUUAUGCCUCAAAUGUGCAGCACGUUGAGCUCUUCUGCCUGGAUCAACCUGCUCAUCCGCAUUGUGGAGGGUCACCAGUCAUUCACUGCAGUUACGCUACAGAGACAGAUCCUGGCUCUGCGCUUACUGCAGGCUGUGCUGCCAUCCUGGGAUAGAAUGGAGCGUUCUCAGGAUAUGAAAUUUCUUGUGGAAAAAUUGUUUAAUUUCCUCGGCAGCCUUCUCAGCACCUGUUCCUCAGACCUGCCACUGCUUCGAGAGGGUUCUGCGCGUAGGAGGAAGUCUCGUCCCCAGGCCUCCUUGACGGCCACACACAGCAGCACUCUAGCGGAGGAGAUUGUGGCCGUUCUGCGUACACUGCACUCUCUUAAUCAGUGGAAUGGUCUCAUUAAUGAAUACAUUAACUCUCAGCUUAAUGGCAUCGGAGAUGUGAUGGCGGGCCGAGUUUCAGAAGUGACUUUGCUGGAGGAGUACUUACCCAACGCAGAGGCUCCAGGGGUGGGCAGUUUGAUGGCUGUGCUUGCUGUAAUUGGUGGAAUUGAUGGACGUCUGCGAUUGGGUGGUCAGGUGGUUCAUGAGGAAUAUGGCGAAGGAACAGUCACACGCAUCACUCCCAAAGGACGCAUCACUGUACAGUUUCAUGAAAUGAGGAUGUGUCGAGUGUGUCUACUAAGCCAGCUCAAACCGCUGCCAGUGGUGCCAUUCAGUGUUCAAAACCUACCUUUUACGGAGCCAAUGCUAUCUGUGUGGGCCCAGCUCGUCAACCUGGCAGGAAGCAAGCUUGAGAAACAGCGCAUGAAGAAAUCUCUCAGCAGAGGAAUUGCUGCAGAUCAGGUGGACAUCCACUUGUUGCGGUGUCAGCAACUCCGAUUGUACAUCCUGAAGGCUGCACGGGCGCUGCUCUCUCACCAGGACAAACUUAGACAGAUCCUGUCUCAGCCAGCUGUUAUAGACACCAGCUCCAACCCUACCGAGGAGCAGGUUGUUUCAUCUCCUGACGUGGCCGAUAUGUCCCCUGAGGGCCCUCAGCCUCCGCUCAUCCUGCUCCAACAGCUGUUGUCUGCUGCCACUCAGCCAUCACCCAUUAAAGCAAUCUUUAACAGGCAGGAACUUGAGGCUGCAGCUCUGGCAGUUUGUCAGUUUUUGGCAGUGGAGUCCACUCACCCAUCUUCCCCAGUUUUUGAGGAGAGCAGCUCAAGUGAAGCCACCACACCACUUACUGUCCAGCAUGUACGCCCGCCCAAACAGAAAAAGCACAAGACCUCACCCGUGCCCCCAGCACCAAUAGUGCUGCAGCUCAUGGAAAUGGGCUUUCAGAGGAAAAACAUCGAGUUUGCCCUUAAAUCACUGUCGGGAUCUUCAAGCAGCACAUCUGGAGUUCCAGGUGUGGAGGCUCUGGUGGGAUGGCUGUUGGAUCACCCUGAUGUGCACGUCACAGAGCUGUCUGAUGCAGACACGGUGUCUGACGAAUACUCAGAAGAAGAAGUGCUGGAGGAAAUGGUGGAGCCUGAAGCAGCAUUUUCUGUGCCUCCUGGAGUUGUGGUUACUGAGAGCCAGACUUUUAAGAAGCGCACAGAUUUUCAGAGCAACGAUGAUUACGCUGUGUACGUGAGAGAGAACAUUCAGGUUGGAAUGAUGGUGAAGUGUUGCAGGACGUAUGAAGAGGUUUCCGAAGGAGAUGUGGGCAAAGUAAUCAAGCUGGACAGAGACGGUCUGCACGACUUGAAUGUGCAGUGCGACUGGCAGCAGAAAGGUGGAACCUACUGGGUUCGCUAUAUUCACACUGAACUACUAGGAUUUCCUCCUCAGAGUUCUCCAUCUCACAUUAAGAUUGGCGACAAGGUACGAGUGAAGCCAUCAGUUACGACACCCAAGUACAAGUGGGGCUCUGUAACUCACAGGAGUGUUGGUGCAGUCAAAGCUUUUAGUGCCAAUGGGAAAGAUGUAAUAGUGGAUUUCCCACAGCAGUCACACUGGACAGGCCUGUUAUCUGAGAUGGAGCUGGUUCCUAGUGUACAUCCUGGAGUCAGGUGUGAUGGCUGUCAGAUGUUCCCCAUUAACGGCCCCAGAUUUAAGUGCCGGAGCUGUGAUGACUUUGAUUUCUGUGAGGCCUGCUUCAAAACUCGUAAACACAACCCCAGACAUUCCUUUGGACGCAUUAAUGAACCUGGUCAGUCUCCAGCGUUUAGUGGCCGCUCUGGUAAGCAGUUAAAGAGGCAUCACAGCAGCCAGCGGGGCAUGCUGAUCGAUGAUUGGUCCAGAGUUGUGAAGAAUCUUAGUGUGUCCUCCUCGGUGAACCAGGCUUCUCGACUGAUAGACAGUGGUGAUCAGUGCUGGCAGUCCUCUGGUUCUCAGGGCAAGCACUGGAUCCGUUUGGAGCUUUUCCCAGACGUUCUGGUCCACAGAUUAAAGAUGGUGGUAGAUCCAGCAGAUAGCAGCUACAUGCCCUCAUUGGUCGUGGUGUCAGGUGGAAAUUCCUUGAACAACCUGAUUGAACUGAAGACCAUUAAUAUCAAUCCUACCGAUACUACUGUUUCCUUGAUAAGUGACUGCGUUGAGUACCACAGAUACAUAGAGAUCGCUAUAAAACAGUGCCGGAGCUCAGGGAUUGACUGUAAGAUUCAUGGCCUCAGCAUGGUGGGUCGCAUCCGUGCUGAGGAUGAAGAUCUGGCCACUGUUCCUUUCUUGGCAUCAGACAACGAAGAGGAGGAAGAUGAUAAAGCAGCAACAGGAAGUCUUUCCAGAAAGAGAUCAUCAGGAAUGGAGUCUGCUGCUGCUAUUAGAACCAAAGUGUUUGUGUGGGGGCUUAACGAUAAAGAUCAGCUGGGUGGUCUUAAAGGCUCGAAGAUUAAAGUACCAUCGUUCUCUGAGACACUCUCCGCUUUGAAUGUAGUGCAGGUGUCUGGAGGCUCCAAGAGCCUUUUUGCUGUGACUGCGGAGGGAAAAGUGAACGCAUGUGGGGAGGCCACUAACGGCAGAUUGGGUUUGGGCCUGUCCAGUGGCACCAUUCCUAUUCCACGCCAGAUCACUGCCCUGAGUAACUAUGUCGUGAAAAAGGUUGCUGUUCAUUCAGGGGGGCGCCAUGCCAUGGCUUUGACGGUGGAUGGAAAAGUGUUUUCAUGGGGAGAAGGAGAUGAUGGUAAACUUGGGCACUUCAGCAGAAUGAACUGUGACAAGCCUCGGCUGAUUGAGGCGCUGAAGACCAAGCGCAUUCGAGACAUCGCCUGUGGCAGCUCCCACAGUGCAGCAAUCACCUCCAGUGGAGAGCUGUACAGCUGGGGCUUAGGUGAAUACGGACGGCUGGGCCACGGAGACAACACCACCCAGCUCAGACCGAAAUUGGUUAAGGUUCUACUGGGACAUCGGGUUAUCCAGGUUGCCUGUGGCAGUCGUGAUGCCCAAACUCUUGCUUUGACAGAUGAAGGUUUGGUGUUUUCAUGGGGAGAUGGAGAUUUUGGGAAGCUGGGCCGUGGAGGCAGCGAGGGCUGUAAUAUUCCACAGAACAUCGAACGCCUAAACGGACAGGGAGUGUGUCAGAUCGAGUGUGGUGCUCAGUUCUCCCUUGCACUCACCAAAUCUGGAGUCGUGUGGACUUGGGGGAAGGGGGACUAUUUCCGGCUUGGUCAUGGCACAGAUGUGCAUGUGAGGAAACCCCAGAUGGUGGAGGGACUGCGAGGAAAGAAGAUCGUUCAUGUAGCUGUGGGGGCGCUGCACUGUCUGGCUGUCACAGACACAGGACAGGUUUUUGCUUGGGGUGAUAAUGAUCAUGGGCAGCAGGGCAAUGGCACAACCACCGUGAACAGGAAGCCAACACUGGUGCAGGGCCUGGAGGGCCAAAAGAUCACGCGUGUGGCAUGCGGAUCCUCUCAUAGCGUGGCCUGGACUACAGUCGAUGUCACCACACCCUCCGUUCAUGAGCCAGUCCUCUUUCAGACUGCCAGGGACUCCCUCGGCGCUUCCUACCUUGGUGUGCCAUCAGACAGCGACCCGUCUUCACUUAGCAACAAGCUGAGUGGCCAGAGCAGUGUGAAGCCAAACAGGCCAUCUUUAGCCAAGAUCCUGCUUUCUCUAGAUGGGAAUUUGGCUAAGCAGCAGGGUCUGUCCCAUGUGCUGUCUGCACUGCAGAUUAUGUAUGCCAGAGAUGCUGUGGUGGGAGCACUGAUGCCUGCCUGCAUGAUGCCUGUGGAGUGCCCGUCCAGCUCUCCGGUGCCUCCGUCGGAUUGCUCAUCUGUCUCUAGCCCUUCAGAAGCUGAAGGUCCUCCUCUUCCCACCGACCCAGAGGAGCGCAUUAGCCCUCACCCCUGGCAGGACAGUAAAAGAGGGGAGGUUGCAUCCUCUGAAGAUGCUAUUACCCCAUCAUCUGCUGUGACUCCGUCAGCCGCUGCCGCUUCCUCCCGACCUUUUAUUCCUGUCACAGAUGAUCCUGGAGCAGCCAGUAUCAUCGCUGAGACCAUGACCAAGACCAAAGAGGACUCAGAGUGCCAGAAUAAAGCCACGGGGCCUGAGCCUCAGUAUCUGGAUGAGUUUACCAGUCUGCUGGUGCCUGAUGAUACAAGGGUAAUGGUCGACCUGUUAAAGCUGGCAGUGUCACUGCGUGCAGGCGAGAAAGGAAAAGAAGUACUGUCUGCUGUGCUCUCUGGCAUGGGCACCGCCUACCCACAGGUGGCUGACAUGCUGCUGGAACUGUGUGUGACUGAGCUGGAGGACGUAGCCACCGACUCUCAGAGUGGCCGUCUGUCAUCUCAGCCAGUGGUGGUGGAGAGCAGCCACCCCUACACUGAUGACACCUCCACUAGUGGUACCGUCAAAAUACCAGGUGCUGAGGGACUGAGGGUCGAAUUUGACAGACAGUGCUCCACAGAGAGGAGACACGAUCCGUUAACAGUCAUGGAUGGUGCUAAUAGGAUUGUCUCUGUUCGAUCAGGGCGAGAGUGGUCAGACUGGUCCAGCGAGUUGAGGAUUCCAGGAGACGAGUUGAAGUGGAAAUUUACCAGUGAUGGCUCUGUUAAUGGUUGGGGCUGGCGCUACACUGUCUAUCCUAUCAUGCCUGCAGCAGGUCCCAAAGACCUCCUGUCUGAUCGCUGUAUUCUGUCCUGUCCUUCGAUGGACUUGGUUACCUGCCUGCUGGACUUCCGUCUUAACUUUGCCUCCAACCGUAGCAUCGUGCCUAGACUGGCUGCUUCACUAGCAGCCUGCGCUCAGCUUAGUGCUCUUGCGGCUGGACACCGCAUGUGGGCCUUGCAGAGGCUGCGUAAACUUCUGACCACUGAGUAUGGCCAGUCUAUUAACAUCAACCGCUUGCUGGGAGACAGUGAAGGAGACUGUCGCUCCAUGAGUUUUACAGGCAGUGCUUUGGCUGCACUGGUAAAAGGGCUUCCAGAAGCUCUGCAGAGACAAUAUGAGUAUGAAGACCCCAUUGUCAGAGGAGGCAAACAACUGCUCCAUAGCCCCUUCUUUAAGGUGCUGGUGGCUCUUGCAUGUGAUUUGGAGUUGGACACACUCCCCUGCUGUGCUGAGACUCACAAGUGGGCUUGGUUCCGUCGCUACUGCACUGCCUCCAGGGUGUCAGUAGCGCUGGACAAAAGAACCGGUCUGCCUCGCUUAUUCCUGGAUGAGGUUGCUAAGAAAAUCCGUGAGCUUAUGGCGGACCAUGAAAACAUGAAUGCAAUUCACGAAAGUCAUGAUCUGUUCAAGAGGGAACACGACGAACAGCUGGUACAGUGGAUGAACAGACGUCCAGAUGACUGGACUCUGUCAGCAGGCGGCAGUGGCACCAUCUACGGCUGGGGCCACAACCAUCGUGGCCAGCUGGGUGGCAUUGAAGGGGCAAAGGUUAAAGUUCCAACACCAACAGAGGCCCUUGCCACGUUAAGGCCCGUUCAGCUCAUUGGUGGUGAGCAGACGCUUUUUGCAGUCACUGCGGAUGGGAAGCUGUAUGCUACAGGCUAUGGAGCUGGUGGCCGCCUAGGAAUUGGGGGCACAGAGUCGGUGUCCACCCCGACAUUACUGGAGUCCAUCCAGCAUGUGUUUAUUAAGAAAGUUGCUGUGAACUCAGGUGGAAAACAUUGCCUGGCAUUGUCCUCUGAGGGAGAAGUCUACUCCUGGGGAGAGGCAGAGGAUGGCAAACUUGGUCAUGGCAACAGGAGCCCAUGUGACCGGCCACGAGUGAUUGAGUCUUUGAGGGGCGUGGAGGUGGUGGACAUAGCCGCUGGAGGAGCCCACAGUGCUUGCAUCACCGCAAGUGGAGAACUCUACACCUGGGGAAAGGGACGCUAUGGGCGCCUGGGCCACGGAGACAGCGAGGACCAGCUCAAACCCAAACUGGUGGAUGCUCUGCAGGGGCACAGGGUGAUUGAUGUAGCGUGUGGAAGCGGCGAUGCCCAGACUUUGUGUUUGACAGAUGACGACAUGGUUUGGUCUUGGGGAGAUGGAGAUUAUGGCAAACUGGGUCGUGGAGGCAGUGACGGCUGCAAAGUGCCAAUGAAGAUCGACUCUCUGACUGGAUUGGGAGUAAUAAAAGUGGAGUGUGGUUCUCAGUUCUCUGUGGCCCUCACGAAGUCUGGAGCUGUGUACACAUGGGGAAAGGGAGACUACCACAGGCUUGGUCAUGGCUCCGACGACCAUGUCCGCAGACCACGGCAGGUCCAGGGUUUGCAGGGCAAAAAAGUAAUUGCCAUAGCAACUGGCUCUCUCCAUUGUGUGUGCUGCACAGAAGAUGGAGAAGUAUAUACAUGGGGCGAUAACGAUGAGGGGCAGCUGGGUGAUGGGACCACCAAUGCCAUUCAGAGGCCCAGACUUGUGGGAGCACUGCAGGGCAAGAAGAUCAACAGGGUAGCCUGUGGCUCUGCACACACCCUUGCUUGGUCCACUAGCAAACCAACCAAUGCUGGCAAACUCCCUGCUCAGGUUCCUAUGGAGUAUAACCACUUACAGGAGAUCCCCAUUAUUGCUCUGAGGAACAGACUGCUGCUUCUGCAUCACAUUUCUGAACUCUUCUGUCCCUGCAUCCCCAUGUUUGACCUAGAGGGACGUCUCGGUCAGACCAGUCACGGCCCUUCUGUGGGCUUCGACACACUCCGGGGCAUCCUCAUCUCACAGGGCAAGGAGGCUGCAUUUCGCAAAGUCGUGCAGGCAACUAUGGUGAGAGACCGGCAACAUGGCCCAGUGGUGGAACUCAACAGAAUUCAGGUGAAACGCUCUCGCAGUAAAGGAGGUUUAGCAGGUCCAGACGGAACCAAAUCUGUGUUUGGACAGAUGUGUGCCAAGAUGACUUCCUUUAGCCCAGACAGCCUGCUGCUGCCUCAUCGGGUCUGGAAAGUCAAGUUUGUAGGUGAGUCUGUAGAUGACUGUGGAGGAGGCUAUAGUGAAUCUAUAGCAGAAAUGUGUGAGGAGCUGCAGAAUGGACUCACUCCUCUGCUCAUCGUCACUCCAAACGGCCGAGACGAGUCCGGAGCCAACAGGGACUGCUUCUUGCUCAACCCUGCUGCCAAGAGUCCACUACACAUGAGCAUGUUUCGCUUCUUAGGAGUUCUUCUGGGAAUCGCGAUACGUACAGGCAGUCCACUAAGCUUGUACCUUGCUGAACCUGUGUGGAAGCAGCUUGCUGGAAUGAACCUGACAAUUGCAGAUCUCAGUGAGGUGGAUAAGGACUUCAUCCCUGGUCUGAUGUAUAUCAGAGAUAACGAGGCAUCAGCAGAGGAGUUUGAAGCCAUGCCUCUGCCAUUUACUGUGCCCAAUGCCUGUGGUCAGGAGGUACAACUCAGCUCUAAAUACUCUCACAUCAGCCUGGAGAACCGUGCAGAGUAUGUGCGCCUCGCCAUCAACUACAGGCUGCACGAGUUUGACGAGCAGGUAGCUGCAGUGAGGGAGGGAAUGGCCCGAGUGGUGCCUGUGCCGCUCCUCUCUCUCUUCACCGGCUAUGAGCUGGAGACCAUGGUGUGUGGAAGUCCUGAUAUCCCGCUGCACCUGCUGAAGUCUGUAGCCACAUAUAAGGGGGUGGAGCCCACAGCUCCGCUGAUCCAGUGGUUCUGGGAGGUGAUGGAGUCCUUCUCCAACACUGAGCGCUCACUCUUCCUCAGGUUCGUGUGGGGACGAACACGCCUGCCCAGGACAAUCGCAGAUUUCCGUGGUCGAGACUUUGUGGUGCAGGUCCUUGAUAAGUACAACCCACCAGACCACUUCCUCCCAGAGUCAUACACCUGCUUUUUCCUGCUCAAGCUGCCCCGUUACUCAUGUAAACUGGUUUUGGAGGAGAAACUGAAGUAUGCAAUCCACUUCUGUAAGUCCAUCGACACCGACGACUACGCACGCAUCGCUCUGAGUGGCGAGCCUGCCGCAGACGACUCCACUGACGACUCAGAUAACGAUGAUGCCGAUUCCUUCGCCUCCGACUCCACGCAGGACUACCUAACUGCGCACUGACACCUGUGUAUCCCCUUCCAACCCACACAUACUCACGCACACGGACUUAUCGAUGUGGCUGUGCAUCAGAAAUGAUACGAAAUAUGCUGCCAAGAUUUCAAGAACAGAAAACUCAGCUAAAAGAAGAUCCGUUUUAAACUCAAACACUUACAUGUAUGCCUACAACCACUAAAAUGAAGAGUGUAGGAGUAUCUUUAUGUGCAAUUAGUUCUAAACCACCUUAAGCUGGUAAAGAACUUUGUUUUUUUUUUUGUUUCAUUGUUUAUUUAAAAAAAAAAAAAGAGCAGAGAGGGGAAAAUCUGCAUAUUUGAGUGUUGCUAGACCUUGUGUUUAUAGUGUGAACAGACAGACCGCUUAGCCUAGCACUGUGCUCGACGACCCCUGAUAGACUCCACAUCACUUCACUACUGCUUUGUGAAUUGUUUAACGAAAUGAGCACGUGCGGCUUUCUCACGCUCUUCUUAAAUAGCAGUGUUUUGUUUUGAAGAAUUAUUUUAACCUUAAACAUGACGUGUGCUCAAAAAUUGGUGUUAACAGGAGCUCAUUCAGGGGUUGUUUUAUUUUAGGUUGACGGUCACUGUAUUCAGUUUCCCCUCCCUGAUAAUGCGUGUUUGCCGUUAUUUACUACGUGUAAAUAAUGUUAUUGUGCCAUGUGUUCAUAUGUUUCAUUCCAAUAGUAUAAUGUUAAUAAAUUUCUGUUUAAAAAAUGUAAAA